AUGGAUCUGCUCAUAGUGAAAAGAAAGUCGGUAAGAGCUUCUUUUACUCGUUUACAUAAUAUUUUAAUUACGGCUCUCGAUAAAACUGAAUUAAAUUUUGAAGAUUUAGAAAGUAAAUUAUCAUCUUUCGAAAGAAUUUCUAUUGAUUUAUCGAAAUUAGAUGAAGAUAUAUGUAACUCCCUUUUGAUAGAAGUCGCCAAAGCAGACGAUUUUGAAAAAGAAUAUUGUAUCAUUGAAGAAUACAGAGAAAAGUUAGAUUUUGUGCGUGUUCGUGUAAAAAGGAUUCUUAAUUCUCGUGAACUGAAAGAUAAAAAAGAUAAUUCGGUUAAAAAUGAAAAAACGAAACUAAAGCUUCCGAAAAUAGAACUAGUACAUUUCAGUGGCGAGGUAAAAGAUUGGCUGUAUUUUUGGAGCCAAUUCAGUAGAAUACUCGAAAAUAAUUCGAUGGACGAUGAAGAUAAAUUUGAAUAUCUUAUUCAAUGCGUGACAGCCGGAGGAAGAGCUCGUGAAAUAGUGGAUAGUUACCCGCCGAAGGCCGAUAAUUAUUGCAAAGUUAUUGAGAGUUUUAAAUCAAGGUUUGGCCGAGAGGAACUUUUAAUUGAAUAUCAUGUUCGGGAACUUUUGGCUCUUGUCGUUAAAAAUGCAACAAAUUUAAAGAAUAAGAUGGAUAUUACACAAUUGUACAACAAAUUAGAAUCCCAUUUGCGAUCGUUGGAAUCCAUUGGCAUGACAUCUGACAAAUAUGCCGCUAUGCUAUUCCCUUUAGUGGAGUCAUGCAUCCUCGAAGAAUAUCUACGAGUUUGGCUUAGAAGUCCUUUAAUUAAUAAACAAGAGAAUUCUUAUAGCGAUAAAUUGGCUACAUCUUGGCUUCCGAUGCAUCUGACACUACGAAUUGGUAUGUUGCCACUCACAAAGUAA